AAGGAAGGGCUGUCUUUUUCCUCAGUAGGAGUGGGUAGUUGCUCCUGUCUCAGUAAAUAACUGCUUUUUGUGUAAGCAAUCCUAAUUAAAUUCUGGCUUACCCCCCACCCCCAAUAAAGGCAUUAACAUAGGAAGAAGAGUUAUUGGGAAGAAGGGCAUCAGCAGGAGAGAGGGUGACAGGGGAUGAAAAUGCCCCAAACUCCACGGUGUUAGGUGUGAAUUGACAAAAGUUUUUUUGUUUUUGGUUUUUUUUUUUUAAAGUGACACAAAAUGCAAAAGCACUGCUUCGUGAUGAAAUUAUCACUUUAGGAUGGUAUUUCAUAGUAUCAACUAUGCAUAGUUUCAUCUUCAGAAUAUUACAAAGGAAUUUUCAUUAGAUAUAGAUUCUUGUAUGUUGACCACAUAGAAUUUGUAAGCAAAGAUAGAUUUUUAUAACUGUAAUCCUAAACAAACUACUUAGAACUGAAAUUAGACAUCUACGACAUAUUCUUUGCAAAGGGAUGCAAUUCUUCUAGUUGUAUAUUCCUCACCAAGAAAACUUACCAUUCUCAUUUUAGGUUUGAGAAGUCCCAGAGGGUCUCGUUGCAGCGUUUGCCAACAGGAAGCAAGUGUGCAUGCUUUUAGUUGUCUACCACCUAGAGAUACUUAAAGAGGUUCUGAGGGGAAAGUUUAGGGACUCAUGUUUAAAUGAUAAGCUACGUUCCCUUAUUCCCCCAGAUGAAAAUAACUUUAAAAGGCAGAAAAUACUGUAGUUUUCAUGAAUCUAAGGGCUGGAACUGUUUUAAAUUUUAUUAUUACCUUUUGUUUGUUUGUUUUUGUGGUGGUAUGGAUUGAUCUAGGCACAUGCUACAUAAGCAUUCUACCUUUGAGCUAAAGCCCCAGCCCCAGCCUCAUCCUCAGCCCCAGAGUGGGUGUUUUAGCGGACAUGGCUCUGUACAGGCUUAGGAAGUGAAAGCUAGAACAACUACCACAACCUAUUUCUGUCAUGAGGUCCAUUACUAAACUCUUGGGGUUGGCUACAUUGUCUUGGAGACAUACAGGUAGAACACUAACUCAGCCUGUUAGGAAAAAUAGCUCAUCAUGUGUGUCUAUGUGGCCCCCCCAACCCUAGACAACUACAAGGAAAAUGAAAUGAGUUGAAGUGGUGGGGGAGGUUGGGAGGGGAGCAGUUACUCCCUGAUAUUUUAUAGUUAUAACCUUAUCUCUGUGAGAUUUACAUCUCUAAGUCAGUUUGUGAAUAGUUGUAAGAUAAAAAUGAAAUAUGGUUUACAGUAACUCCAGCCAGAGAUAGCCCUUGACAGAAGCAAAUGCAUGUCAUAGUUUUAAAAAAAAAAUUCCUCAGUUCAAAAAGAAAAAAGAUACUGAAAACAAGGACCAACCACAACAACAGAUGGCUCAAUUGGAUCCUCCCACUGACUUUAUACCUUAUCAUUUUUAUAUGUAGACCAGCAUGUUUAGGAAAUUUUAAAUUAAAAUAUCAGAAUGGCAGCAUUAUGAUACUUAGUAUUGUAGAACUUUCUAUGAAUCUCUCAAUAUUCUAAUCCUUAAUACAUAUUAAUUCAGUCAGUUCUCACAACUGUGAAACAGUGGCCACUUAUUAUAGGUGAAUAACUGAAGCACAAAAUGAGGAAGUAACAUGGGCAAGGUUAGUAGAUGAGACAGUGUUUCUAGCUGUUUUUAACUGUUUCACUGUGCUAUGUAAGAACAAGAAAAUGAGAUGAUGAAGUAUUGCUAUUAGCGUUGAAGGGAAAACAAUUUAGAAACUAAAUAUGUGUUUAUAAAUAUAUACAUUUGUUAUAUAAAAAUAUAUUUGUAUAAAUAAAAUUAAGUUUAAACGGACAAUUUACACUCAAACUAGUGAGCAAGAAACUGAUCUGAAAAAUAGGUUAACUGCUUUCCACCGGGGAAGCCAUCUUCCAGUAACUCACCAAAAUGAUGAAUACUAAAGGAAAGAGGAAAGGUACUCAGUAUAUGUUCUGUAGACCUUUUAGGAAACAUGGAGUUGUUCCUUUGGUCACAUACAUGCGAAUCUACAAGAAGGGUGAUAUUGUAGACAUCAAGGGAAUGAGCACUGUUCAAAAAGGAAUGCCCCCUAAGUGUUACCAAGACAAAACCGGCAGAGUCUACAAUGUCACCCAGCAUGCCGUGGGCAUCAUUGUAAACAAGCAAGUUAAAGGCAAGAUUCUGGCCAAGAGGAUCAAUGUGUGGAUUGAGCACAUCAAGCACUCAAAGAGCAGAGACAGCUUCCUGAAGCGGGUGAAGGAGAACGAUCAGAAGAAAAAGGAAGCCAAAGAGAAGGGCACCUGGGUUCAGCUGAAGCACCAGCCUGCGCCACCCAGAGAAGCCCCCUUUGUGAGGAGUAACGGGAAGGAGCCUGAGCUGCUGGAGCCCAUUCCAUACGGACUCAUGGCCUAAUGUAUACAAAGGAAAUGAAGGACCUGGACUGCAAAAAAAAAAAAAAAAAAAAAGUAAAGAAAAGAAAGAAAGAAAAAAAAUAGGUUAACUGAAAAAGACAAGGAUAGAAAAAUGUAAGAAAAUAUUUGAAAUUAUGGCAGAAAAAAAUGCUUUUCCUGAUGCUUGUCCCUCUAGUAGUGAGUGGUGGGUGUGCUGACUGAACGCUUUGCUGUCUAGCCAGCACUUCCAUGCCAUUGCCUUCUAACAAGUGAAUUCUGUCCGUAUGAUAAGCUCUGAGCAAUUGGGGAUACUAGUGCAAAACUGCAACUUCUAGGUCAUGAAUAAGGAGAAAACGUAUUACUUUUUUUUCUUGUCUUCCAUCCCGUGGACGAAAAGAAUGUAAUGUGGUUGGUGAGCUAUUGUGGGGGGUUAAGGGUUGUAUGAAAGUAGUGCUUUAAGGAUGACACAGUAAGAUAUAAAAGUUCGGCUCGCAUAUUUCUAACCUGCUAAAGAAGCCCUAGACUAUAUGAGUGGGGGUGGGAGGCUUGAGUCGUCCCUUAGAUGAUAGAUGCUCUCAUUAGAGCAGCUUAGUCUCCAUCCUAAUACAGGAAGAGGUUUAGCAGUUGUCUGAUCAGAAUUCCAGGUAAGAGGAAAAUCAAAUAGAGAUAAUAUUUAAGGAGAUUAAGAUUUCAUAUUUCCAAAGUACUAAAUAGACACCAGUUGAAGACAUUAGAUCCUAAGCAAGCUAAAUAGAGAUCUAAGCCUAAGCACUCAGUUAAAACCACAGUCAGAAUAGCCAGAGGGGGAAACUUUCCAAAGAGCUGCCAUUACAGCAGCUGACUUAGUGAAAGGAAAAUAGAAACCCAGGCAAUAGGCAGUGUACUGAGGGCUCAUCUACUAAAGCUGAAGUGUCUUCCAACAGUAGUGGUAAUGAAGAGCAGCAAAGCCUUUAAAACAAAAACUGAAUAUCCUAAGAAAAGAUCACAGAAGGUAAGAUGCAGAGAUAAAUACUCCUCGAUGCUUGAUGAGGAGUGCAUUAUUAGAGAAGGGGCCAAACAUGGUGGCAUAUCCUAUAACCUCAGCAUUUGGGUACUGGAGGAGAAGAAUUGCUAUGAAUAGGUCAGCCUACACUACAGAGCAAAACAAUCAUGAACACUCUAGCAGUUCAUGUUUGCUGAGGAAGGGGAGACUUUCUUCAGUGGUGUAGCCUUCUCCUGUACCCCUAUAACCAGUCCUAACUACAGUCAGUGGGUUGAAAAGAAUAAAUACAUCAAUAAAAAAAAUGUGGUGGACAAAAAUAUGAGAGAAAGAGAUUGAAAUUGUAUUAGGAGUCUUUAGAGGAAUAAAACUAAUAGAAGAAUAUAUACUAUAAAAGAGACUGACUAGAUUGGUUUGUAUGAUACAUGGUAUGCAGUCCAGCUAUGUCUGUUUAGGUAUUGGAGAGGGCGAGAGCCUUAUAGCUGAUCAAUCUAGAAGGGUUGACCCAACUUGUCACUGAAGGCCUAGAAGAUUCCUGAAGAGCCCCUGGUCUUCAGUCCAUGUAGAAGUCCAAGAGGCUGAGUUCCAAUGCCAUGUCCAAGGAUGACAGUGGCAGUCUGUGUAUCGGCUAGCGAGGGGCAAAGGCGAGCAGGUAAGAAGCAACCGUUUUGAACCUCUGUACAUCUGAGCCCCUGCUGGCAGGUACUGUCCACUUCAAGGGAAGGAGGAUUCCUCCCUUGCUUAAUCCUUCUAGGAAAUUACCCUUAACCUACCCAGUGGUAUGUCUCUUAGUUGAUUACGAACCCAAUCAAAUUGACAACCAAGAUUAACUAUCACAAUUCCAUUUUGUUGGUUAGUGAAUAAAUUCAAUGAUAAAUUAUUUUAUUGUCACAAUAAUAUAUUAAAGCUUUCAAGACCACUUGUCAAACUCAACGGAAAUUUUACUGUUACCUUUGGAAAUCUGUAACUUGAAUAUUUAGAAAAUUCUAAGGAUUUAAACAAUGAAUUAACCACCAUCAAAUGGUGUUUGUCUGUUUGGCAGGAUCUCACCUUGGCUGACCUGCAACUGGCUAUGUAGACCAAGUGGCUUCUAAUCCAAAUUACUCUGCCUCUAAUUGUUGGGACUAAAGAUAUAUGCCGCCACACCCAGUCUCUUAUUAAAGUUUUUGACAAAGAUUUAUUUAGAUUAUAUAGAUGGAUAAAUUUCUUUAAAACAGUGUAAUUUGUGUUUCUAGCUAAUAUGUAUGUAAGGAAAAUGCAGAGAAAAGCUUUGAAUCCAAGAAUUGUUGGAAACUGCUAAGAGUUCUAUACCUGGACCAAAGUGAUGACAGUAGGAAUGAGUCGUAAUGUAGUGCUUUUUCCCUUAAAAACCACAACAAAAAUCUAAUAGCAACAGUAAAACAAAAACCUAGGCACAGUCACUGUCCUUAUAGUACAGACUCUACUCUCAACCUAACAGCUUGCAGAAGACAGGCACUGAUGUCCUCCUGGGCCAGUUUUGUUAGGAGGACUGAGUAGCAGAGCUCCAGAGUCCACAGAUGCAGACCCACAGUCCAGAGUCUGAAGCACCACUGUGCCCAGAUACUUUGGAGGAGGGACUCUUAACCUGUAGCACUUUUAUCAUACGGGUAUCAUAUGGGUACUUUUAACAUAAUAUCUAAAACCAAAAAUGAAGACACAGUCUCCAAUAUAGAGGAAAAUACUAAAGUGACUUAAUUAUGCAUUGAGGUAAUAGUGAUCUCCUUUUUUGGUAAAGCUGGUAACUUCCAAUAGUAUCAAGCAACCAUGGAAUAGUUUUGUGGUGGCUUGGUUUUUGUUUGUAUAGUGCCUCCAGGUAUUGAACCCAGUAUUUUGUGAAUAGUAUGCAAAUUACCCUGCCAUCAAGCCAUAUCCUAGGCACAAAGUGUGUAAAAGGAGUGAGAGAGACAGAAGCCUUUACAGAAGAAACCAGAGCAGCAACAGAAACGUGUUUUAAAAGAAAACUGCUGAGUGCAGAUGAUUACAUAUAGAGGUUGAGAGAGAAAA